CUUACAACUCAGCGGCGUCUGUCAUUCAGCUACCCAGUAUAGACGAAAGAUUCUACUUUGAGUGACUUGCUAACGUGGCUUUGGCCGCCUACUCAGGUUAAAAUGACAGAAGAUCAGGAUCUGAUGGCCAAAAUCAGCCAGCUUGCUGGCCAGAUCAAUAGGCACAAAACUCAACAGUCUCAGCCUGAGUCUCCCUACAGUAGUGAAAUAGCUCCAGGCCAACACGUUUCGCGGCAUGUUCCUUACCGAGGUCGCGGAUGGGCGCCUUAUCGUGGACGACACUACUCACGAGGUCGUCAUGUAGCUCCCCAUCGCCACCGUACCCUCAUCCUCAACAACGCAACAUCAGGUACACCUGGAUCGGCUACUCCAGCUGGCACGGGGACUGAUACAGACGGUGAGGCGCGAUCUGCAACACCAAAUGAGUGGGUUGUGAAACGCGAUCGUCAUAUGCAGCUCAUCAACACUUCGAUAUACGACAAAGAGACACAAGCGAGGACGAAGGCGAUGGAGGAGAGUCGCCAGGCAAAGGCGCAAAAGAGAGCACAGGUCGAGCAGGCGAGAGUUAUGAAUUACGCACAGGGCGUCGGCAGAGUCCAUUCUACGGGCUUCGCGGCUCCUCAGGUGUCGACUACUGCAGAACCGUCAGGGGAGUAUCAGGUUUUCGUCAACGACAUACCGUUUCGGGUGUCGCGCGGUGGUGGCAAGCUGAUCCGAGUGUCUGGUGCGUGCGCUGUAGAUGCUCUGGUCAAGCGAACUAGCUUACCGGUCAUAGAUAAUCCGAAUACUGCCAACGCUACGCCAAAACGAGUGACAGUGGCAGGCGUCGCUUUUGUCCGGAGCAAGAACGGAAAUCUCCACCGCUUGGGUGCUGUUACAUCAAAAAGAAAACCAAUGACGGUCAAGAAGAAGAACGCGCUUUGCCAGCGAUUCACUACGACGGGUACCAAUGCUUUCCCUACACGAGGCCCUAAGUGGCCCUUGCCCCCAUCUCAUUAUUGUUUCAUCUUCUGCGGGAUCACGCUGAUCAGGAUCUUCAAACGUUUAGGCAGCUGUUACAAAGGACCAACAUGUCCCUAUAUUCACGACCCGAACAAGGUUGCAAUGUGCAAGGACUUCCUCCAGACUGGUCAAUGCAAUGCAGGUAUAAGUUGUGAUCUCUCUCAUGAGCCCUCGCCCCACAGAUCCCCUGCCUGCGUGCAUUUCCUGCGAGGGCGCUGCUCCAACCCCGAAUGUCGCUAUGCCCAUGUUCGUGUGACCCCGGGCGCUCCUGUGUGCAGGGACUUUGCGGUUUUAGGAUAUUGCGAAAAAGGUGCCGAAUGCGACCAACGACACGUUCACGAAUGCCCAGACUAUGCGAAUGAGGGUGUUUGCAACAAGAAGCGCUGCCGUCUCCCCCAUGUUGAUCGGGCAGGACAGAUCAGGAAAAAUGCCGCUUCUAAGACAGAUGCUACGGGCCUUGCGGAAGAGUCUGACGCAUCCAGCGAGGAAGAAGAGUACGAUGAGAUUGACACGGAUGACGUCGAUUCGGACGAUCUCGAUGAGGAUGAGCCCCAACUCAUCGCGCCCGAGUCAGAUACUGGCGAGGUGUCGCAACAACAGGACUACAUCCGUCUCUAAACAUUCAUACCCACUAACCUUACUACAGUCUGUAAUUGAAGUUGGCUUGGAUUUUACGGAUACCCCAAACAGAACAAGAAACGGGCAAUGGCAAGAGGAAAGAAAAACAAAUAAAGCAGAAAGAAAGAAACAGAGAAUAAGAGGGAAAUAAUUUCAUUACAUAGUGGCCAAUUAAUGCCUGCCUUGAAAGUUUGAUGCCUUACGGAAUGUCGUGUUCCAGUCGCAGAUGAAGAUACCCCUAUGCGUUCAGCAUGUUGUUUACUUGCAGACGGUGUGUAUACGAGUCCGUUUGACGAUCUUGGAUAAGUCCUAUGGGUUGGUAAGGGAUGACAGUUGGAAAUGUAGUUCUACAUGAUGACGUUGUUGUGUUGAGGAGGUGAAGCCAUAGGUAGCAUACCAAUGGAGAUGAAUAUCAUUUUUUCUGUUUCUGUUUCUGAUUACUAUAUGCUACAUCUCACUUACUUCCCUGCUGCAGAC